UUUGUGAAUGUCCACAAUUAGUGUUAAGGAAAGAUGUUCUAUGACUAUUCAGGGAGAAGCCUUAGUGUUCUAAAAAGAUGGGUAAAUAACGAGAGAACUGCUUCAGGGGGUGAUCUCUAGCCACGUCUGGCAUAAAGAUUAAAAUCACGAGGAAGCCCACAAGAGGAAGAAGAGGAACUGACAGGGCAGAGAGGAACCAGAGAAGAGAAACUACCAUGGCUUUCUUCACUCACCUCACCCGGCGCUCCCUGGCCCAGUCAGCUGCCAUGGCCAACGCUAUUAAGAAUGUAACGGUGAUCGGGAGUGGCCUCAUGGGAGCAGGUAUCGCCCAGGUGGCAGCACAGACAGGCCACUCGGUCACCAUGGUGGACAUCGACCCGGUGGCCGUGGGGAAGGCUGAGAAGAGGAUUGGCGAUUCCAUCUCCCGUGUGGCCAAGAAGAAAUUUGGGGAGGGAGAUGAGGCGGCCAAGUUCAUUAGCGAGGCACUGAGUCACCUGAGGACCUCCACCGACGCUGUGGCCUCUGUUGAGUCAGCCGAUCUGGUGGUGGAGGCCAUUGUGGAGAACCUCAAGACCAAGAAGGAACUUUUCUCUAAGCUCGAUAAUGCCGCUCCUGCUCACACCAUAUUUGCAUCUAACACCUCGUCCAUACCCAUUGCAAAAAUUGCCGAAGCAACCAACCGUCUGGAUCGCUUUGGUGGCCUGCACUUCUUCAAUCCCGUGCCUGUCAUGAAGCUACUGGAGGUGGUGCGCAUUCCUGAGACCUCCGGCGACACCUUCAAUGCCAUGACUGCUUGGGGGAAGGCCAUGGGCAAGGUGACAGUGGAGUGCAAGGACACACCAGGCUUCAUUGUCAACCGCCUCCUGGUGCCCUUCAUGUUUGAGGCCGUCAGGAUGGUGGAGCGAGGGGAAGCAAGUCCAAGAGAUGUUGACACAGCCAUGAAGCUUGGAGCUGGUCACCCCAUGGGACCAUUUGAGCUGAUGGACUAUGUUGGCCUGGACACUGGCAAGUUCAUCAUUGAUGGCUGGCACAAGGAUUACCCCGAUGUGGAAAUCUUUUCUCCCUCUCCACUGCUGGAAAAGUUGGUGUCUGAGGGUAAGCUUGGUGUCAAAAGUGGGGAAGGUUUCUACAAGUACAAGAAAUAGCAACCUGAUCAGUUUUACCAAAAAAUGUGAAUCAUCAUGUAAGUACUACAGGUUUCAAGUGGCUUCUUUUAUUUAGCACUCACUAUUGCAUAAAUAGAUCAGUUGUUAGAAUCAUUAAAAAUGACACUGUGAAGGAUCAUUUGUAUAUUGAUUCUUUGUACUGACUUAAGGUGGUGUCAUUUCUGCUAAAGUGUACAUUAUUGCAUUUUGUAACAGUGAAGGGUGCUGUUGUUGAUGCUGGAAUUAGUGUAAAUAAACACUUCAUUAGUAAAUGUAUAUGAAUAAUGUGUAAGCCCAAUCAGCUCCAUUGGAGUUGGAAACUAUCAAUGCAAUUAAACUAAGAGGAUAAAGCUCAUUUACAGAGUGCUAAUUUUUAACAAGAUUUAUAAUUAUGUAUGGCAUCUAAAUAAAGAUAUGUUUUGC